ACCACAACCCGCGUGCCGAAGGCAUGUGUGAUGGGGAUCAUCUUGUGCCGGACGACGUAAAGGCCUUGCGUUCUUGUGCUGCUGGCGAAGCCCGGCGGUACUCAGAACUUUAGCGGCGAAGCUCGGGGACGCACUGACUUCUUCCCUGUGCUUGUAUUACAGAGCCAUCCGUCUCUCCAAUUCGAGUUCACAUGGUCUCGCCUGGCAUAGGGGCCACUCUGAGCCGAUCCCAGGCCACGAGAUGCAAGCCCGUCCAAGUCCUGGCUCACAAGGAUCAUCAGCGGUGCACAUAAUUUCCUACCCCUGUCCUCCUCCGGCCUCCGAUUUAUGAUUGCAUCGGUCGGUCUUGCCAAUCCGAGAGAUUGGAUCAGUCCCUAGGUGCUCAGGCACUUUGCAUCCCUUAAUUGCAGUGGCAUACCGAGAAAUCCGAAUAUUAUGAAGUAUGCUAUACAUAAACAUCUUGUUU